GGUUCGUCAGAGUAGACACGGUGGCAGAUCUCCCAGGAGCAACUCAACACGGACCCGCGCACUUACACAGCGUCGUUGCCAUGCCGAGUCUAGUCGCAUCACCGCCAAGAGAGCUACAGAACCUCAACAUGGACAAUGACAACAAGAAGAGGGGAAAAGAAAGGAGAGGAAACCUCGAGUGUCAGCUUAGAUCGUCCCAAGCCCCUAAAACCAACGGGCUUUGUUUCGAGGAGAUGUCCCAGUGGUCCCAGUCGCUGGAGAGGCUUCUAUCGUCCAAAUACGGCAUGAAGAUCUUCCAGGCCUUCCUGAAGUCAGAGUUCAGCGACGAAAACAUUGAGUUUUGGCUGAUGUGCGAGGACUACAAGAAGAUCAAGUCUUCCUUCAGGAUGUCAGCCAGGGCCAAAAAAAUCUUCAAACGCUACAUUCAAGCAGAGGCUGCAAGAGAGAUCAACAUUGAUCACAAGACCAGAGACUUGAUCAGGCGCAACAUUAAGACGCCCACCACGGUGUGCUUCGAUGAUGCCCAGAGGAUCGUCUACAGCCUGAUGGAGAGGGACUCGUACCCACGCUUCCUCAGGUCCGACAUCUAUCAGGCUCUACUUGACUCCACGUCGGAAUCAGUGAAGAUGUAAAGAAACUAGAUGCCUGAGACAUCAUCUUUGUAGAUGUUGUAGACGUGGAGCUGAUCCCUGUGCUGUACUACCUGAGUGUUGCGCGUUUGCUCGUCCCGGGACCACGGGUGGCGAUCCCUUAAUGCCACAAGUACCAAAGACAUUUCCCGGAGCUGCAGAGGACAUGCUUUAGGAUUGACCACGGCCACACUGGACUGUGUAAUAGAGAAGAAGGCAGCUCAGUUGUAAAAAAAAAAAAAAGCUGAGGAGGGUUUGCUCAGAGCCAGCUGGUGUAUUGUAAAUGGAUAUGGGUCAAGGCCAAGAAUGGCUGCAGUAGUACAUGAGUCAAUGCUGUAAUAGCUGCUAAAGCAAAAGGACUUUCCAGGGAUGCUACGUUUGUGCUGUGAAAAUGCUGGGGACUUUCUGUUAGAGAACAGCAGGAAGCGUAUGUGGUGCAAGCAACAGCUUCCACAUAGUGCGGGCUGAUCGCUGUAUCUGCGCGCCGCCUUAGGGUUAUUGUUAUCCCACUAAAGCAGUAGAAAAGUAGAUGCUCUCCAGAUGUGGAUUUUCAUGCGCGUAAUAAUGCAUUUAAAAGUUACUGACACAGUGAAAUAACCGAUGUGUUACAACUAUCAUAAUCUGUUAUAAGCUAUACCGUAUGUUGAAACGCAUCCCACAGCUAAAAAAAAAAAAAAUGCGAGUGAAAAUGUUGUGUAUGUGAAUAUUUACAUGGAUCUGUACAUAUUUAAUAAAAAAAAUAUUAUAUUUGCAUUGAUA